CUACAGUAUGAUGAUUUCUUUAUAUGGUGUGUAUUUUUUUAAUUAUUUCUUUGUUUAGGUGGUCCAUGAAAUUCUCUUCUUCAGACACACAUUUGAGUGGCUACAAAAAUAUGCACUUGAACAGCUCUCUGAACUCUCUUGCCAUUUGUCCCAAAUCCUAGUUGAAGGUGCGGAUGUGUUGAAAGAACAGAACACUCUCACCAUGUUGAUUCUACAGAUAUUAACUUUGACAUGGAAGAUAUCACAGAAGAGAAAAGUCUUUCAACCGCAUUUCACUCUCUCUGUUGAGAGCUUAUUUCACUUUUGUGAAGCCAUUGAUGUAUGUUGCAACAGAUGCUAUAGCCCUAUUGCGAAGAUUGGGCUUGAAGCUGUACUUAUGAGCACUCCUCCAGUAGGAAUUAUACAUGCGGACCAUGAAAAGGUUUUGAAAUUCCUUAACUGGGCCAUAUCAAUUGCUGUGCAGUCGGAGACAAGUGGAACACGUCAUGUUCAAGAUGAUUGUUGUAAUCUGAAAGUAUUCUCCGAGGAAGAGGGAGAAAAUUCUCUCAUAUCAAAGCUUUUACGGUGGCUGACUGCUUCGGCGAUCCUUGGGAAAAUUUCAUACAACUUAAAGAGAUUUUAUUCUCUUGACAGAUCAAAACUUGUCAAUUUGCAAUGUUUAUUGGCGUGGGACGAGGAAAGAUAUUUUGAUAGCAAUAAGGAGUUUGCAUGCCAAGAGAGCAUCUUAGCAAUGUCAAUCUUUUAUUUGCAACAGUUACUAGGCACAAACUAUAAAUUGCUUCCAUCUGUUGUUUCCGGGCUUCUUCUUCUUCUUCAUCAUUUGUCUUCUGCAGGAUCAGAGGCAUUGGUUGGGGAUGCAGCUCAUGUGUCAGAGCUCUGCAAGAAAGUUCGUUGCCCUGUCGAAGCCAAUUCUUCCUGGAGAUGGGCAUUUUACCAACCGUGGAAAGAUCAUUCCUCCAAUCUCAGGGAUUCCGAAAAAGUUGAAGAAAUGCAUGCUUGUCAGCUGCUUCUACUUUUUGUCUCCAAGAUGCUCGGAGGAAAUUCAUUAUUUUCUGGAGUUUUUUCAAUUGAAGAGGUGGAAAAGUUGGGUGUGUUUGAAUGGGAAAGGAGUAUUCUAACUCUCAAAGAGUGAUAUUUAUCUAUUGAAGAUUACUGAUCACAGUGUAAUUUUUUUUAAUGAGCACUGAUCACAGUGUAAUUUUUUUUUUGAGGGAAAUCACAAUGUGAUUUAGUAGUAUACGUUGGGCUGUUUUUUAGAUCCUCUUAGCAUGAAUAACCAUAGCAUUUCCUAUAUAAAUUGUAUUCCUUCUG